CUGCUGCUGCUGCUGCUGCUGCUGCUGCUGCUGCUGCUGCUGCUGGGGAUACCUGUGCCCAACACCCGCAUUUGCGCAGCACCAUUUACUUGAGCUGUCCUGGUUACUGUGAGCCCAGAGAAGGUGCACAGGCCUGUCCUGGGUCUCCUCAGGUCUCUGCUGUUCCCAGCGCAUUGUGACAUCUGUGAAAGAGGGUCGACCUGCCCAGGAUCCCUGCAGGACAGGAAAAGGAGGGAAAUCUUGACAUGGAAGAAGUCCGAGGUGAAAACGAAGGCAAGCUGGAAAAGGAGGGAAAGCCAGAAGAUGAAGUAGAGCCUGAAGAUGAAGAAAAGUCAGACGAGGAAGAGAAGCCAGACAAGAAAGCAAAGCCAGCACCACGCCAGGGCAAGCCAGAGGAGGAGGCAAAGCCAGAUGAGCAGGGGCAAGAUGAGGGGAAGCCUGAGAAGCAGGGAAAGUCUGACAGGGAGGGCAAGCACCAAGGGGAGAGCAAGCCUGAUUCCCAGGCAAAGUCAGCCAGCGAGGCGCGGGCUGCAGAAAAGCGCCCUGCUGAAGAUUAUGUGCCCCGGAAAGCAAAACGAAAAACAGAUAGGGGGACAGAUGAUUCUCCCAAGAACUCCCAAGAGGACUUACAGGACAGGCAUGUAAGCAGUGAGGAGAUGAUGAGAGAGUGCGCAGAUAUGACUAGGGCUCGGGAA